GCGAAGGAGAGGGUCGGGUGUCUGGGGUUGCGACUGCGCCUGCGCACUGGGAGGAGGCAGCAGCGUAACAGGGCGGGGGCUUCGGAAAAGAGCCUGUAGUGGACCUGAUCGCCUCGACCGAGAUCCAGCGCCCCGGUCCCUUCCCUUCCUACAGAGGCUUCCAUCAUGUCCAAAUCCUUGAAAAAAAUUGUGGAGGAGAGUCGGGAGAAGAACAUCUUGGAAGUCGACAUGUGCGACCGGGGAAUCUCUAACAUGCUAGACAUACCUGGUUUGUUCACGCUGUCAAACAUCACCCAGCUGGUCCUCAGCCACAACAAGCUCACAACUGUGCCUCCAAAUGUUGCAGACCUGAGGAAUUUAGAGGUACUUAACUUUUUCAACAAUCAAAUUGAAGAGCUACCAACUCAGAUCAGCAGCCUGCAGAAGCUGAAACACUUGAACCUUGGGAUGAACAGGCUCAACUCCUUGCCACGAGGAUUUGGCUCCUUACCAGCUCUGGAGGUUCUGGAUUUGACUUACAAUAACUUAAAUGAAAACUCCCUGCCUGGAAACUUCUUCUAUCUAACCACCCUGCGUGCACUCUAUCUAAGUGACAACGAUUUUGAAAUCCUGCCACCAGAUAUUGGGAAGCUCACAAAGUUGCAGAUACUCAGUCUUCGGGAUAAUGACCUUAUAUCACUCCCCAAAGAGAUUGGUGAACUCACGCAGCUUAAAGAACUCCAUAUUCAAGGGAACCGUCUUACUGUGCUGCCUCCUGAACUAGGUAACUUGGAUUUGAUUGGUCAGAAGCAAGUCUUCAAAGCAGAAAAUAAUCCUUGGGUCACUCCUAUUGCGGAUCAGUUCCAGCUGGGCGUUUCACAUGUGUUUGAAUAUAUUCGUUCAGAAACAUACAAAUAUCUUUAUGGCAGACACAUGCAGGCGAACCCUGAACCUCCAAAGAAGAACAAUGACAAAUCCAAGAAGAUCAGCCGCAAGCCUCUAGCUGCCAAGAACAAAUAAACCGCCAACAAUAUGCCAUUCUUACAAAACACGUUGCUUCGCAUGUGUCUAUUUUUUAGACGUAUUAUUUACCAAAAGAGGUUGUUGUUUUAUAUGCUAAAAGCAAGAAUAUCUUUUGAUAUCUAGCACAGCUAGUCACAAAGUAUACUCUGCCUUGGUUAAUUAAUCCAUUAUUAUAAUCCAUUAUUGGAAAUAUUGCCUGUUAAGGGCUUAAACCAGGCAACAAUUUAAUCUGCCAUAAAUCAUUUUUCCUGUUCUUAAAACAUUCAGGGGGAGGGAUGACUUAACUACUGUAUGACUUUGAUUCCAAGACACACUUUUCCCUCAUAUAGUCAUCUCUAAAAAUGAAGUGCAUCUUAGAAUUGCAGGUGCUUCUUAUAUAUUUCUUUUGUUCGUGGUGGUGCUGAAAUUAGUGUGCGCCGUUCAGUCAUUGGCAUCUUAGAAUGGAAGAAAUACGGUAAUUCAUACCACCAGCUAAAAUUCAUUGUCCACCAGACCAUGUAUCACUCAUAUUUUAUGUACUACUCUAAAUUUAUUAAUAAAACAGUUUUGUACCAUG